CACUGAUAAGGGGUGAGAGGCUCCCCGUGCUAGCAUCGCGUGAGCUACCCACAAUGCACCUGUGUGCACCGAGCAGCUCCUGAGAGGAGAAGAGACGUGUUGAGCGAUGUUGAUGUUCUCUCGUGAUAAAAUGUCUGCGGUCCGGACGCUGCGGGGUUUGGUGACUGAGAGACAGAACGCCGCUGCGGAGGAGGUCCUGGAGCUGAUGAAGAGGAGCUCAGCGCAGAGCCGCCAUCCCUGUUCUCCAGAGGAGAACCACGGACACCACCGACCACAGGCCGCCGUCGGUCCACCGGGGCCAGAAGUCCAUCAGCUGAUUGUUGGUGAACCGGUUCUGCAGAGGACCACCCUGGACCAGGAGGACCCGGACCCCCCACACCCCCCACACAUCAAAGAGGAACAGGAGGAGCUCAGGUGCGCUCACGAAGAAGAGCGUCUUCAUGGACUGGAGGAAGAUGACGUCAACAACUUCCCGUUCACUGCGAAGAGCGACGAUGAGGAGGAAGGGAACGCUCGGUCCUCGCGGCUUCACCGAACGCAGGCGGGUCGACCAAUAAAAAGAGAGGCGGAUGACGAGGACUGCGGAGGAGUGGCGAGGAGGCUGAGGGCGUCGGUGAGGCAGCGACUCGCCGCAGCCGUCGAAGACAUAUUCGGGAUGUUUGAGACGACGUUAGUGGAGUACGAGAGCGAGAUCGAAGGACUACACAAGCUGCUGGGAGGGUCCGUGAAGAUCGACGAGCAAGAGAACUCGUCAGAUGAUCCACAGCUGUUACUUGUGAAAGAAGAGGGAUCGUCUGACCAGCACGAGUGGAGCGGCAGUCUGGACCAGGAGGAUCCAGAGCCCCGACACAUUGAAGAGGGACGGGAUGAACUCUGGAGCAUUCGUGAAGGAGAGCAGCAUCUAGGACUGGAGGACGCUUCGUCCUCACACCUUCAUGGAAGACAGAUGACCAGGGAAGCCUUUGAGGAGGGUGGACGACCAGAACCAGCCAGGAUCUUUGGUCCAGCUUCUGAUUCACAGCAAGAAAGUAACGAAAAGACACUUUUUUCUAGUCAGGACUAUGGAAACAUUGCUGAUUAUUCACAAGAGAUGAGUCCACCUCCGUCAGCGUUGGUUCCGCUGACCCACAAUGAGGUCUCUGUGAGCUCUGACGGGUCUGAUCCAGGAGGGAAACCAUUCAGGUGCUCUAUUUGUGCAAAAGGUUUCAGUCAAAAAUCCGAUUUGAAGAGACACGUAAGAUUUCACAGCGGGGAGAGACCGUUCAGUUGUGUCUUCUGCGGGAAGCACUUCACUGAAAAGGCAGAUUUAAAGAGACACAUGAGAGUGCACACAGGGGAGAAACCCUUCGGUUGUCCCAUCUGCGGGAAAGGGUUCAGCGAAAAGACAGAUCUGACUAGGCACGUCCGAGUCCACACGGGAGAGAAACCAUUCAGCUGCUCAGUGUGCGGCAAAAUAUUUAGCCAGAAUGAAAAUCUGCGGCGACACGAGAGGAUUCACACGGGGGAGAAACCCUUCGGCUGUCCAGUCUGCGCGAAGACGUUCACCCACAGGGGGGCGCUGGUGGUUCACAUGAGAAUUCACACGGGAGAGAAACCGUUUGGCUGUUCGCUCUGUGGGAAAAGAUACAGCGAAACGGGGAAUCUGAAGACCCACAUGAGCGUCCACGCGGCAGAGAAACCACUCGGUUGUGGCGUUUGUGGGAGGAGAUUCAAUUAUCCGUCUCAGGUGAAGAGCCACAGGUGCUCUGGCGAGAGCAGUGGAGCACAUCAUUCAGGAGGGGGAACCGGGAUGCAGCCGCAUCCGAACUCUGCUCACAGCGUGUGUUGAUUCAUAAAUACCAGUCAGUUAUGAUAUCAUCAAAAUGAUUAUUCCUUCAUUCACUCACCGUCUCAGCUGGGCUUGUCGGCUCUCUCGUACAUCUACUGCAGACAUUCUGAUUUCAGGAGCAUUUAAAUGAUGAUAUAUUUUGUGAAAAUGUGGCUUAAAAUACACACUUUAUUUCGUGACAAUGGAGAACUAUAUAUAUUAUAUUUCAUUGUUCAUUUAAUCAAUUAAUUCCUCAUCAUAUUUGGUUAUUGUUUGCAUAUGUAAUGCAUAAUAUGCAUUAAAUUGUAUAUUACAUUGACUUGUAUUGCCUGUUUUAUACUGCCAUUGACUGACUCCUAACUUUUCAAUUUAAUUCAAUGAAAGAACUCCCAAGAAAAAGAAAAAAACCUUUCACAGGGGAAAAAAAGGAAGAAUCCUUCAGAAGAGCAACAGAGGAGGAUCCCUCUCCAGGAUGGACAGAAGAAUAGAUGUCAUGUGACCAGAAGGAAUCAUUACUAACUCACUAGUCUGAACCUGUCCUUGAUCAGUGGGGGCUGCUAGUUAGAAUACUUUUUAUUUAGAAAUAUCGAAGUACAAAAACUGAACGUAUCGGGGGUUCUGACGCAUGCCGCGCCACAAAAUGAGAUUUCCCUGAUCCCGAUAUGAACAUUUUAAAAUGUUUGGAGCACAGAACCAUGUCAGCGGUAACACAUGAGGAGCAGGUUACAUGUUGCAGUGAAUGAGCCACACCACCAAAAGGUGUGUUACAUUUAAGUGUUUAAGUAAAAGCAAACUCACUCCUGUUGUCUCACGCUGUAUUCCCUGGCUGUCCCUUUCUCUGACUCCUCACAUGUCUGUCAUAACUAAGAAUAUAUAUACCUUCUUUCUUU